AUGGGGCUGUUCUAUAGUAAGAGCCAGACAGAACCAUCUCCAUGCAACUUGCUCACCGUAAAAAUCAUACGGAUGAAAAAUGCCAGGAAAGCAGACUUGCUAACCCAGUCGGACUGCUACGUGAGCCUAAGCCUGCCAACAGCGUCUGUGCAGCAUUUCCGCACCAAAACGGUCCAGAACAGCAAGAACCCGACAUGGAACGAAACCUUUCACUUCACGAUUCAGAGCCAGGUUAAGAACAUUCUGGAGCUGAAAGUUUGUGAUGAGGACAACGUAACUGAAGAUGACCAUCUCCUCACUGUAUUCUUCGAUGUCUCCAAAAUCCACCUUGGAGAAAACAUUCAGCUGUGUUUCCAGCUGAAUCCACAGGGAAAAGAGGAGCUGGAGGUUGAAUUCACAAUGGAGAGCAGUCCGGAUCCUCCUGAAAACAUUGUUACUAAUGGAGUUUUAGUGUCCCGUGAAGUUUCCUGUUUGGAGGUGCAGGUGGAUGGCGGGAGGCUGAGGAAGGACAGUACAGAGAGAAAGUUUGCAUUAACUGUGGAGGGGUCGUAUGAAGGAACCCAGACCCAUACACUGAGCUCCUGCCUCUGCCCGACCUCCCCGACCAGGUUCCACUACAUCAAAUAUAAUCAGUCGGCACUCACUGUGGCUCUACCGCGGCGGAGGCGGCUCAGCAGGUCUAUAUCAAGUCAAAAUGAAAGGGAUAUGAAUGAGUCUGUGACUCUAGCUCUGAACUUGCUUCCUAUACAAGAGAAAAUAACAAUAGCAGAGGACAGGACAAUUGACUUGUACACAAAGGCAAAUGAAUGGACUCAGGGUCUGUGUUUCAGGCCAAGAAACCUGGAUGCCCGCCUAGGGUUUGACCUGUGCACUGAAGAACAGGAUUUCCUGCAAAAUCGGAGGAAGGUAGUUGCUGAUGCACUCAAGGAGGUUCUUCAUCUGGAGGAAGAUCUGCAAGACCAUGAGGUGCCUAUAGUGGCUGUGACCACAGCAGGAUGUGGGAUAAGAGCACUCACUGCCAUGUAUGGCAGCAUUUUGGGUCUUCAAAAGUUGCGUGUUCUGGAUUGCGUUUCAUACAUCAGUGGCUCGUCAGGCACAACAUGGACAAUGACAAAACUGUAUGAAGAUGCUGAUUGGUCACGUAAGGAUCUUGGAGAAAUAAUUAUUGAAGCUCGGAAGCAAGCAGCCAAGUGCAAGAUGGGGGCUUUUUGCUUAAGAAGUUUGAGGAAUUAUUACAGAGAGCUGAGCCAAAGGACCCAAGCAGGACAUAAAACAUCUUUUAUUGAUCUGUGGGGGCUCAUGAUUGAAUCCAUGUUAAAUGAUGGGAAAUGCCACCACAGACUUUCUGAUCAACGUCGGGCAUUGAAUCAGGGUCAGAACCCACUGCCCAUCUACCUUGCCCUCAAUGUCAAGGACAAAGUUGCCACCAAAGAUUUUAGAGAGUGGGUGGAGUUCACGCCGUAUGAGGUGGGCUUCCUGAAGUAUGGUGCCUUCAUUCGUGCGGAGGAUUUUGGCAGCGAGUUCUUCAUGGGUCGCCUGAUGAAGAAGCUCCCUGAGUCCCGGAUCUGUUUCAUGCAAGGAAUGUGGAGUAGUAUCUUCUCCAAAAACCUCUUGGAUGCCUGGCACGCAGCUGACAAUUCAGAGGACUUCUGGCGCAGGUGGACCCAAGACAGAGUGACUGAAAUAGAGGAACAACCAGACUUGACCGAGAAGCCAUACGAGAUGGCUACAUGCAUGUUCACCCCUACGAGCGGCCUCUCCACGGCUCUCCGGGAUAUCCUGACGGACCGCCCUGCUGUCUCCAAGUACCACAACUUCCUGAGGGGCUUCCAGAUGCACAACGAGUACAUCCAGCAGGAGCAUUUCACAAAAUGGAAAGACACUUUGCUAGACACCUCUCCUAAUGACCUGAGAGGCCACUCAGAGCACCUGGAGUUGGUGGAUGCAGCUUUCUUCUUUGAAACUAGCUGCCCACCCCUUAUGAGACCAGAGCGGAAAGUGGAUGUCAUCAUACACUUAAAUUACACCGGUGGAUCACAGACCUUGCCCCUGGAGCAGGCUUGCAGAUACUUCUCAGAGCAGGGAAUUCCGUUUCCCAGCAUUGGGCUGAAGGAUGAUGAGAAGAACCUGAAAGAGUGCUAUAUGUUUGAUGGUGCAGACACCCCAGGAGCUCCUCUGCUGCUUUAUUUUCCAUUAGUGAAUGACACCUUCCAAAGAUAUGUAGCACCUGGCAUGUCACGUAGUGCUGCUGAAAUGGAACAGGGCAAGGUUGAUAUCUCCAGUUUCUGCUCUCCAUACUCAACGAGGGAGGUCUCGCUGAAAGCAGAAGAUUUCAACAAGCUCCUGAAGCUUACUAAUUACAACAUCAUGAACAACGAGAACAUGAUUCUUCAGGCCUUGCGCAUGGCUGUGGCACGAAAGAAACAAGCUCCGAGCCAGCCAAUAUCACAAUCCUCUGCUUGA